GAAAAUCUUGACAUGAUCACCAGGGAGGAGAAAGCAAGCAAUCGCUAAGACCUGUGUAUUGGUCGAGAUGACUUCUGAAGAAAUGGCAGCUUCCGUUCUCACUCCUGUGACUCAGAGAAAAGUGGUGUCUGCUCUGUCAGCUGCUGAGGACACUAAAGACAAGACCUCAGACACCAGUGUCCCAAAGGUACAUCCUGUCGGACCCAGCAGGCAGGUGUCUCACUCCAUCUCACAACUGAACAAGCUUAAAGAAGAAGCUUCUGGCAGCCACUUGCCCAAGGUUCGCACAAUAGCAAGGGAAAAAAUAGUGAGUGAUGAGAACAGGAAUGAAAAGAGCUGGGAGCUCAGCUUGCCAGAGUCUGUGAAAAAUCUUAACAUUAGCUGCAACAGCAGGCUGAGAAACCAUCAGCAUGGCCUUCCUCUAAGCCAGCUGGAUGAAAAGUGCCACUCCGUCACCAAACAAAACUUGUGUUUUGAAACUGGAAUUCCUGCAGCACUGGAAAGAAAGGUGUUUCCUGGAAUUCAACUGGAAAUAGAUGGGUCUCCCAUGGACCUGAGUCCUUUAGGAAAUCAGUCAGUAAUUUUGGAGGCUGAUGGAUCCCACCCUGCUGGCGAUGUGGCACUAUUGCAUUUUCAUUAUGGAGUUGACAGAAGAAUGGCAGACACUUUCUGUCCCCUGUCAGAAAACUUAACCUUGGAUGAUUGUGGAAACUGUGUGCCACUGCCUGGUGUUGAGGGGGAGCCAAAGAAAAAUUAUAUGACAUAUGCUUGUCAGCUGAUGGAAUUGACCCAAAGCCAUGAUAAUCAGAAUGGACAGCUGCCGUGCAAUCAUUGUGACACCUUAAAUGAAAAGUACUUGGGCUUUGAAGGUGCUUGCCAGAAGGUUGGCAGGGUGUGUUCCAGCGAUCGCUUUUGCAAGGAGAGUUUUACUGACAGUCCACCUGCCAAGACCCUUUUGAGCCAUUUUGAGCACUUUCCUGAAAACUGUGAUGAUGUAGAAGACUUUUUUAAAAGCAAAAAAGAACGGUCCACUUUGUUGGUGAGGAGGUUUUGUAAAAACGACAGAGAAGUUAAGAAAUCUGUAUAUACUGGGACAAGAGCGAUUGUGAGAACUCUGCCUUCUGGCCACAUUGGCAGGACUGCUUGGAGCUACAUCGAGCAGAAGAGAAACGGCCACUCGGUGCCUGGUGGGAGGGUGAGGGAAGCCCUUUUCUCCUCAGAGAUGAGGCAAGGCGGGAGCCAACGUCGACCUGAAGCCCAGUGGUACCCAAUCUACAAUGCAGUGAGAAGAGAAGAAGAAACAGAAAAUACAGUUGGAUCUCUUCUCCACUUCUUCACAAAGCUCCCGGCCUUGGAGACAGCCCUUGGCAGGAUCAGCGUGGGUCCUUAUUUGAAGCAUUGUAUCCGAGAUCCUGUGUGUGGGUACCGUGCCACCUUGCAGAGGACUUCUGUCUCCCAGUACCUCGCCGGGUCUCUCCUGGAGGCCACCACGUCAUUAGGAGCAAGAAGUGGCCUUCUCAGCACUUUUGCAGGUUCCACUGGACGAAUGAUGCUGAAAGAACGCCAAUCGGGCACCUCUAUGGCCAGUUCCAAUGCCCUCCCUUCAAGUUCAGCCGGGAUUAGCAAGGAGCUGAUCGAUCUGCAGCCCCUCAUCCAGUUCCCGGAAGAAGUGGCCAGCAUCCUGACAGAGCAGGAGCAGAAUAUCUACCGAAAGGUUUUGCCUGUUGACUACCUUUGCUUCUUGACCCGGGACUUGGGCACCCCGGAAUGCCAGAGGUCCCUGCCCUGUCUCAAGGCGUCCCUCUCCGCAUCGAUUCUUACUUCUCAGAAUGGAGAACACAAUGCCCUGGAAGACCUUGUGAUGAGAUUUAACGAGGUGAGCUCCUGGGUGACCUGGCUGAUCCUCACAGCGGGCUCCAUGGAGGAAAAGCGUGAAGUCUUCUCGUACCUAGUGCACGUGGCCAAAUGCUGCUGGAACAUGGGCAACUACAAUGCCGUCAUGGAGUUCUUGGCCGGCCUCAGGUCGAGAAAAGUUUUGAAAAUGUGGCAGUUCAUGGAGCAGUCGGACAUGGAGACCAUGAGGAGCCUGAAGGAUGCCAUGGCUCUGCACGAGUCCUCACGCGAGUACAGGAAGGCAGUGACACGCGCGCUGCACAUCCCUGGCUGUAGGGUCGUCCCAUUCUGCGGCGUCUUCCUCAAGGAGCUCUGUGAGGUCCUCGACGGAGCUUCCGGACUCCUGAAGCUCUGCCCACGCUACAACUCCCAGGAGGAAACUUUAGAGUUCGUAGCAGACUACAGUGGACAAGAUAAUUUCUUACAACGCGUGGGACAAAAUGGCCUAAAGAAUUCCGAGAAGGAGUCCACGGUCAACAGCAUCUUCCAGAUCAUCAGAAGCUGCAGUCGCAGUCUGGAGACGGAUGAGGAGGACAGCCCCAGUGAAGGGACUGGUUCCAGGAAAAACUCCUUGAAGGACAAAGCCAGGUGGCAGUUUAUAAUUGGAGAUUUGCUGGAUUCAGAAAAUGAUAUCUUUGAGCAGCCCAAAGACUGUGACUCUCAUGGACCCGAGGAGCCACAGAAGGCCUUCGAUCACGGGACGGAGCUCAUCCCAUGGUAUGUGCUGUCCAUCCCAGCUGAUGUGCACCAGUUCUUGCUGCAGGGUGCCACAGUCAUCCAUUAUGACCAGGACACACACCUCUCUGCCCGCUGCUUCCUCCAGCUGCAGCCUGACAAUAGCACUCUGACCUGGAUAAAACCCACCACUGCCUCGCCAACCAGCACUAAAGCAAAACUUGGCAUGCUGAGUAACACGACCGAGCCUGGCAAGUCCCCCUUACUGGGCAGUGCCGGGUUAAACAGCCUGGCAGAGGGAGUCUUGGACCUGUUUUCAGUGAAGGCUGUGUACAUGGGACACCCUGGCAUUGAUAUACACACUGUGUGUGUUCAGAACAAACUGAGUUGCAUGCUUCUGUCCGAGACUGGCGUGACACUGCUCUACGGGCUUCAGACCACAGACAAUAGAUUAUUGCACUUUGUGGCACCAAAGCAUACAGCUAAAAUGCUCUUCAGUGGAUUGUUGGAACUCACAAGAGCUGUGAGAAAAAUGAGGAAGUUCCCUGACCAAAGACAGCAGUGGCUGCGCAAACAGUAUGUCAGCCUCUACCAGGAGGAUGGACGGUACGAAGGCCCAACGUUGGCUCAUGCUGUGGAGUUGUUUGGUGGCAGGCGAUGGAGUACUCGAAACCCCAGCCCUGGGACAUCAACAAAGAAUGCCGAGAAGCCUAAUGUACAGAGAAACAACACCCUGGGCAUCAGCACCACCAAGAAAAAGAAGAAGAUGCUCAUGAGGGGUGAGAGUGGAGAGGCAACCGAUGAUGAAAUGGUGACCCGAAAGGGCAAAAUGUACAGAGAGUGUCGGAGCCGGAGUGGUUCGGAUCCUCAGGACAUUAAUGAACAAGAGGAGCCAGAGGCGAAUGCCACCACAAGUCCUCCCCAUCCCCUCCCUUCCAGAAGAGCACAUUCUCUCACCACAGCGGGGUCCCCCAGCUUGGCUGCCGCGAUGACGUCUUCUCCCACCAGGCCAGUGUCCUCCCCUGUGCUGUCUUCUUCAAACAAGAGCCCAUCCAGUGCUUGGAGCAGCAGCAGCUGGCAUGGGCGGAUCAAAGGACCAAUGAAGGGAUUCCAGAGCUUCAUGGUUUCAGACAGUAACAUGAGUUUUGUUGAAUUUGUUGAGCUGUUCAAAUCAUUCAGCGUGAGGAGCCGCAAGGACCUGAAGGAUCUCUUCGAUGUGUACGCGGUGCCCUGCAACCGGUCUGGCUCAGAAUCAGCCCCACUCUACACCAACCUGACAAUCGAGGAAAAUGCUAGUGAUCUUCAGCCUGACUUAGAUUUAUUGACCAGAAACGUCUCAGAUCUGGGAUUGUUCAUUAAGAGUAAACAGCAGCUUUCAGACAACCAGAGGCAGAUAUCUGAUGCCAUUGCUGCCGCGAGUAUUGUGACAAAUGGCACUGGGAUUGAGAGUACAUCGCUGGGCAUAUUUGGGGUUGGCAUACUCCAGCUCAAUGACUUCCUGGUGAACUGCCAAGGAGAACACUGCACAUUUGAUGAAAUUCUCAGCAUCAUCCAGAAGUUCGAGCCUACCAUCAGUAUGUGUCACCAAGGUCUAAUGUCAUUUGAAGGCUUUGCAAGGUUUCUGAUGGAUAAAGAUAAUUUUGCCUCGAAAAACGAUGAGUCGCAGGAGAACAUCAAAGAAUUGCAGCUCCCCUUAUCCUACUAUUACAUUGAGUCUUCCCACAACACCUACCUCACUGGCCAUCAGCUCAAAGGGGAGUCCUCAGUGGAACUCUACAGCCAGGUCCUCUUGCAAGGCUGUAGGAGCGUGGAGUUGGACUGCUGGGAUGGAGAUGACGGGAUGCCCAUUAUUUACCAUGGACACACACUGACAACCAAGAUCCCCUUCAAGGAAGUCGUUGAAGCCAUUGAUCGCAGUGCUUUCGUUGCCUCUGACCUGCCCAUCAUCAUAUCGAUUGAGAACCACUGUUCAUUGCCUCAGCAGCGAAAAAUGGCUGAGAUCUUCAAGACUGUGUUUGGGGAAAAGCUGGUGGCUAAAUUCUUGUUUGAAACUGAUUUCUCAGAUGAUCCGAUGCUUCCCUCACCUGACCAGCUGAGGAGGAAAGUGCUUCUUAAAAACAAGAAGCUCAAAGCCCAUCAGACACCAGUGGACAUCUUAAAGCAGAAGGCACAUCAGCUGGCUUCCCUGCAAGCACAGGCUUACAACGGUGGGAAUGGCAACGCCCCAGCUGCCAGCAAUGAAGAAGAAGAGGAUGAAGAGGAUGAAUAUGACUACGACUACGAGUCCCUCUCAGAUGACAACAUUCUGGAAGACAGACCUGAAAACAAGUCCUGCAAUGACAAGCUUCAGUUUGAGUACAGUGAGGAGACCCCAAGAAGAAUAAAGAAAACCGAUAACUCUGCUUGCAACAAAGGAAAGGUUUAUGACAUGGAGCUGGGAGAGGAGUUCUAUCUUCCUCAGAACAAAAAGGAAAGCAGACAGAUUGCACCUGAGCUCUCUGACCUCGUCAUCUAUUGCCAAGCCGUGAAAUUUCCAGGCCUGUCAACUCUAAAUGCAUCUGGCUCUAGCAGAGGAAAAGAAAGGAAAAGCAGGAAGUCCAUCUUUGGCAACAAUCCGGGGAGAAUGAGCCCAGGGGAGACAGCACCGUUCAACAAAACAUCUGGAAAAAGUUUCUCGGAAGGAAUUCGACAGACCUCGGAGGAGACUUGCUCCUCUGUGAACCCAGCCACCUCCCUCAGUGCUCUCAUCAGAACUCCCAGAUGCUACCAUAUCUCGUCGCUGAAUGAGAAUGCCGCCAAACGGCUGUGCCGCAGGUAUUCCCAGAAACUGAUCCAGCACACCGCCUGCCAGCUGCUCAGGACCUACCCGGCCGCCACCCGCAUCGACUCCUCCAACCCCAACCCCCUCAUGUUCUGGCUCCAUGGCAUACAGCUCGUGGCCCUCAACUACCAGACGGACGAUCUCCCUCUGCAUUUAAAUGCUGCAAUGUUUGAGGCGAAUGGUGGCUGCGGUUAUGUUUUGAAACCCCCAGUUCUGUGGGACAAGAGCUGUCCCAUGUAUCAGAAGUUUUCUCCACUGGAAAGAGAUCUGGACAACAUGGAGCCUGCUAUCUAUUCUUUAACUGUUGUUUCUGGACAAAACGUGUGCCCCAGUAACAGCACAGGAAGCCCGUGCAUUGAAGUGGACGUCCUGGGCAUGCCACUGGACAGCUGCCAUUUCCGCACCAAGCCCAUCCACCGGAACACCCUGAACCCCAUGUGGAAUGAACAGUUUCUCUUCCGGGUUCACUUUGAAGAUCUUGUGUUUCUUCGUUUUGCAGUCGUGGAAAACAACAGUUCAGCAGUGACAGCCCAGAGAAUCCUACCACUCAAGGCUUUGAAAAGAGGAUAUCGACAUCUUCAGCUGCGAAACCUCCAUAAUGAAGUCUUGGAAAUCUCUAGUUUAUUCAUAAAUAGCAGAAGGAUGGAAGAAAAUUCCUCUGGCAGUGCCAUGCCAGCCUCUUUGAUGUUUAACACAGAAGAGAGAAGAUGUUUGCAGACUCACAAGGUCUCAGUGCACGGGGUCCCAGGCCCAGAGCCCUUUGUGGUUUUCACUAUAAAUGGAGGUACCAAAGCAAAACAGCUUCUCCAGCAGAUUCUAAAAACUGACCAGGACACCAGACUUGUCACCGCAGACUGUUUUUUGGUGGAAGAGAAGCAUUUUCUGUCUAAGGAAAAAAAUGAAAGCAGGAAGCAACCGUUCCAGAGAGCCAUUGGUCCAGAAGAAGAGAUCGUGCAGAUCCUGAGCAGCUGGUUCCCGGAGGAAGGCUAUGUGGGCAGGAUUGUCUUCAAGACCCAGCAGGAAACCCCAGAAGAGAGAUGUGCUGUUCAAGAUGACAGAGAGGUGAUCCUGAGCUCAGAGGAGAGCUUCUUUGUCCAGGUGCAUGACGUUUCCCCGGAGCAACCGCGCACAGUCAUCAAGGCACCCCGUGUGAGCACUGCACAGGACGUCAUUCAGCAGACCUUGUGCAAAGCCAAAUACUCCUACAGCAUCCUGAGCAACCCCAACCCCAGUGACUAUGUGCUCCUGGAGGAGGUGGUGAAAGACACCAGCACCAAGAAGUCUUCUACCCCAAAGCCCUCUCAGCGAGUCCUUUUGGAUCAGGAGUGUGUGUUUCAAGCUCAAAGCAAGUGGAAAGGGGCAGGAAAAUUCAUCCUUAAGCUAAAGGAACAAGUGCAGGCAUCCCGAGAAGACAAAAGAAAAGGCAUUUCUUUUGCCAGUGAACUCAAAAAGCUCACCAAGUCAACUAAACAGCCUCGAGGAUUCACAUCGUCUUCUCAGCUCUUGGCCUCAGAAAACAUUCAAAAUAAGGAGGAGAAACCCAUGACUGGCUUGUACUCUGGGGACACAACGGAUUACCGACAGUGACCAAGGGCGACAUGCUUUACCCAGGU